GCAACAGCGGAGACAGCCAGAGACUCAGAGGUCUUCUCCAUCUGGUCCUCGACGCCCAACACCCACGAUGGCGACGAACGGCGAGCGGGACCCCCUCCUCGGCCCUCCUGGCGAGCCAAACUUUGCUCGCGACACCGACCUCAGCGAGCAUGCAGCCAAACGUGCCGUCGAACGUCGCGCGGCCGUCAUACGAGCGGUGACCCACGGAGUGCUCACCGUUGCAUUCGUCGCUGCCCUACUAUCUAUGUUCUUCUUGUGGGACAAGGUUGGACGAUUUGCGGGUGCACUCCCGAAGGAUCCGGAGAAGGCUGCACACAGAUUGCUCGAGUCAGCCCCUGUAAUCGAUGGCCAUAUAGACCUCCCCGAGUUCGCUCGGUCGGUCUAUGGCAAUAACAUUACCGCCUUCGACCUCAACACACCGACACCCGGGCACGUCGACAUCCCUCGCCUCAAGAAGGGCCAGGUUGGAGGUUUCUUUUGGUCGGUGUUCGUUAACUGUCCCGCACAUGCUGGUCUGGACGAUGGUCCAGACUUCCUGAAAGCCACUUGGCGUGUCCGAGACACGCUCGAGCAGAUCGAUGUAGCUAAACUGCUCAUCAACCGAUACCCUGAGACGUUCCAACUUGCUACGACUUCCGAUGAAGUGAAGUCUGCCAUUGCAGACGGAAAGAUUGCCAGCUUGCUUGGCGUAGAAGGCGCCCACCAAUUGGGCAACUCACUUGCCGUCUUGCGGCAAUACCACGAACUCGGCGUGCGCUACGUCACGCUGACGCACAUGUGCAACAACGCGUUCGCGGAUUCUGGGGGAUACCUCACGCCAAUCGAAACGAAGUGGGGCGGGCUCAGCCCGCUCGGAUACAAGCUGAUCGAAGAGAUGAACCGCCUCGGCGUCAUCGUUGACCUGAGCCACACGUCGGACGAAACCGCCCGGCAGGCCCUGAAGCACACGAAAGCACCUGUUAUCUGGUCACACUCAUCUGCGCGCUCUGUGCACAAUGUCGCGCGCAAUGUACCCGACGACAUCCUGGAGUUGGUUGGCACGACUGAUGGCAAGGUCGACGGUGUCAUUAUGGUAAACUUCGCCCCGCAAUUCGUUGCGGACGAAGGCAAGGCGAACGUGCAAGUUGUUGCCGACCACGUCGAUCACAUCGCGAACAUCACUGGCAAAGCUCACGUCGGCCUCGGCAGUGACUACGAUGGCAUCGAGAGCACACCUGAGGGACUCGAGGACGUCUCCAAGUACCCUGCCCUCGUCGCAGAGCUGUAUUCGCGUGGCUGGAACAGAUUCGAGCUCGCGGGCCUCACAGGCCGAAACCUCUUGCGCGUCAUAGCGGGUGUUGAGCGCGUCGCAGCGAACCUCCAGGCACACGGCGUGCCGCCUGCGCUUGAUAUCUACGACAAGCGGACGGACUUGCCGAAGUAUGAGCUAUGAACUAUGAACGUGAUCGAUGGUGGAGGUAUCUAGCCCAUAGGUGUGGACGUUACGUGACCCCUGCCGACAGCCGUUAUGGCCUUUUUGAGGACCUGUAUGACUAGUAUCUCAGCUCUACUCUGUCCACAAGUCAGAUCUUUCGCCUUUCGUCCCCACAACUCAGCAGUUGACAGUUUGCUUGCGUAUCUCGUGACAAGUGUACGACGUCAGCGAAUCGGGUGUUACUGGUCAUUGCAUGGACUUGAAGUAAUGUGAGACGAAACUCGCUGUAUACAACAGGUAUGGAAGCUUCAUGUGUGCUAUGAUGUAUUAAGUACAUGUCUCCACUUCUCGGGACCCUUUUUUCCAUAAGACAUGAUUGACUUAUGGAACAGACUUA